AUCAACAGCCUUAGAACAGUCUUCAUUAACAUCUACAAGAUAUUUUUACUUCAGGCUUACAGGUUCCACGCCUGUGUUCUCCAACUUCCAUUCAACCAGCAAGUUAGAAACAAUCCUUAUUUCUUCCUAAGGAUCAUCUCUGAGACUGCAUCAUGCUGCUAUUCUAUCGUGAAAGCAAAAAACGCAGGAGUUGCUUUAGGUAACAAGGGUGCAUCUGGUGUGUUCCCUUCUGAGGCAGCAGAAUGGCUCUGCUACCAUGCUUUCACUGUCAAACUGGCAAACCACAAAGUUGUUUACAAAUGCCUGCUUAAGCCCCUAAAAAUCUGCAGAGUGGCAAUUGAAAUCUUCCGUGAUGUUGUCAACAGCCUGUACAGUGCACAGCUGCAGAACAUCAAGAAGACCUUUGCUUAG